AUGCAUCAGCAUCCUCGUCCUCCGCCUGCGACGGCUUCUCCUGCCAGCUCGGAGAGAACGAAUCCAGAGAGAACCAAUAAUCAGAGGGAUCAAGACCGGGAUACACCGCCUGCUGAAAACUUCUCUCGCCCCUCUCACGAGCGUGCCGGUGGUAGUGAUGACUCGAAUUCUUCCUCCAAUUCAGCUGCUGAAGUGGCUCGACUGAACCAGGUGAUCCAGAAUUUCCACACUAAAGCUGCAUUGAUCAUCCUGCGCUCAAGAUUCGACCUUGCGCCAGCAUAUACGAAGGGUUCCAAUUCGAAACGGUCGAAUAAAUGGUUCAACGUUGAGCUCGAUGAAACAGAGGAUUACCGAGAUGAAAUACGUACCUGGAAAAACUGUGACCACAAAAUCCACAGGCCGCCACCCUUGACUAUCGAAGUCAUCCUGAACACCGAUGAGCUAACCUCUAAACAAAAACUAGUUAUAAUAGACGACCAGGGCAAAAGAUGGGAUGUACAAGAUGCGCUUGCAUCUUCUCACACAAAAUCCAGGAGAAGAAGAGGGCGUGCUGAACACGGAGUCAUUCUGGAAAGAUGGACAAUUCAGCUUGGCGAAGGACCCUCGGAGCUUACAUCGGAUCUUAAUGCCAUUUUACCACUUGUAUACAAAAAGAGUAUUGUGCUUUUCAGGUCUCUUUUCACCUACAGCGCUUUCCUUCCAGCAUGGAAGCUGUCACGAAAACUUGCCAAGACCCGGUCCAACAAUUUCUUGAAACUCCAGUACCGCAUCACAGACGGCUCACAAUCAGGUAGUCUGUCCAGAUCAGAUAAUCUUACAGUUCCUCUGUAUGAUUCUCAAGAUGAGACCGUGUCCGACUACUCAUUCGGGGUUACCGACUCACCCGCUGGUCCCUUUUCAGUCAAAGUCAGUUAUCGCUUGAACUGCGAGUUCGGGGUGGAUGACUCCGAGUCACUUCUCAGCUCCCGUUUUAUGGGUGCCGAUGACGAGCUGUUCAGACCUAGCAUAUCCAAUGACGAUGUAUCUUUACGCAGGCAAACAUCUACUCAAGAAGUGGGGUCUUUACCCAGUGGUAGAAGAGACGUUGUGUCCCGUCCGGAUCUCGGUCAAGCUUAUGGCAGUCUCUCCACAUUUCAUCAAAUAGGCGCUGCUUCCGGAACAAGCCCGAUUACUGCUUUACGAAAUGCUCAGGACCUCGGUUCUGCUUCACCAGCGGCUUCACCACCCACCCGUCCAAUGCCCGCUCAACGAUCAAGCCAAAAUCCUCGGUCCUCACUACGUGCUGUCGAAGGCAACGCGGGUAUUGGUCGUAGGUCUUCUAUAUCAUUUCAGCCGUUCAAGACACCAUCACUGUCAGCUUCACCAUCGUUAGUUCCACCUGUGUCCAACUCCCUCCGACCAUCAGUGGGUCGAGCUCCAGUACUCGGUGCUCUUAACGAAGCUAGAGGCAUGCCUCCUCCUGCUGUGCCGGCCAGUGCAGCGAGAAAGAUUACUCAAACCGCUGGAGAGAACACUAUAACACCAUCAGCAUCCAAUUCACCAAAACCAGCACCAAUCACUAGGUAUAGUAGCAGCUUCAGUCAUCGUCGCGCCCGACUGUCUUCUGGAGGUGCAGCAAAGAUAGAAGAUGACCAAGGCAGUAGUGGCAAGACCAGUGCGGCUUCUUCUGCGAAUCAGCCAGGGUCUGGCGUUAUGUUGGAUGCUGCCGUUUCAGCAAACACUGCAUCAGUUCACGAAGAUGACGAGAACAUAGCAGAGUUCAUCAGUAUGCUGGAGUUGAAACGGGAUCUUUUGACUCCUACGGACGCCUCCGCUGCUGAAGCGUCAACUCGGCGAACGGCAGCCGCUCUGAACAGAUUUCACAAAAUGCGUGAGUCGAAUGCAGCUCUGUCUGAGUCUAUGUCUAUGUCACUACAUCGCUCCUCAAGCUCUUCCAGUCGGCAGCUUUCCAGCGUACCACCAAUGGUAGCCGCCACAUCCGUCUCAACAUCAUCGUCUCCCGGCAAGCCUAUUUCGCCUCACACUCCUCACACACCUGCGAUUCCAUCUCGGCUUAGCGCGAACAGCAUCAUCGAUUACAGCCACCGGGAUCCUGUUGACUCUGGUCCUUCGCUUGAUGACCAUGGCGAUCUAUCCGAAGAAGCUCCUAGUGACGGCACUGUCGUGGGACCAGCUGCCUCCCAUGUCCCUCCUAUCGACAUACCAACCUCUCCACGACCAUUUAUGCCCAGCUAUCGACGAUCAAGCUCUGUUGCACAACGUCGCAUCGUCGCUGAUGACGAAGAUGUAGGUGAAUUAUACGGCAUGCGUAGCGCUAGCAUGGGAGCGGACAGGCGAAAUGUGUCGGCUUUACACACAGCACCAGCAGACGUCCCAACCGAUGAUGCCGAAUAUGACCCAGAUCAGGUAGCUGGUCGACUCACACAUCGUUCUUCUCUUGAAUAUCACCGCCGAUUUGCUUCGGGCAUUCAGCCGAAAACAGCAGAAGGUGCCGAAUCUGGUUCUGGUUCUGGAAGCUCCUCGGUCCACCAAGUAUACCGCUCGCGCCUUUUCAGAGGUGGUGGAGCGGGUCGUGGUUUGACCCCGCCACAUGGAUCUGAGAGUGGUGGAAGCGGCAGCUUCGAGAGAAGAGGUGGCAGUCGACAAAGCUUUAGUCGGCCAUCAGAUCAGAGAAAUUUGCUUGACGAGGAUGAGCCGCUCUUCUUGCCGUUUGCUAUCAGUGACAUUGGCGCUUCGCGGAGGAGUUUAGAGGAGGCGAGGGGCACACAAGGAUCUACAGAAAGGGAUAGAGGAGGGGAUACCAAGAGAGGGGGGAGACGAGGUGGCGGUUACCAACCUUGGGGUUCCUAG